AGGUUUUUAUUUUUUUUAAAACAAAUAUUUAUUAUUAUUUAUUAUUUAGGUUUCUAUCACGUGGACGUGAUAGGAAAAAAGGAUCCUACUUUUGACACGUUAGCAUUUAACAAACUAACAGUUUGGCUAACAAGAGCAAAUUGUAGGAUUUCCGUGACGUUGAGUAUGUACUAAUAAAUGUCUCUAAAAUCGAGUAUGAACUCGUAAAUGAUCAUAUAGGUUAGAGGAUUUUAUGUAGUUCGUCCUAAUUAUUAUGUUGGUGUAAGGGCAUAGUUUCGGCCUUGGCUUCAAAUUGCACUCCAAACAAUUUAGACCUCAAACUAGUAGUAUAAUCAAAAUAAAGUAUUCCAUUUGGUGACCAAGUUGGUUUAAAUGUUGUCCUUCAUAAGCAAUUAAACAAAUCUCUUACAUGUGUCAAAUAUUUCUUGUUUCCAUGGAAUAAAUGAAGAUUUAGGGUCAUUAAGCUUUAUUAGAGUAAACUAAAUCUCCAUAAGUUUAUCAACUAGCCCUUAAUUUGAUGGUAGUUGUGAUGAGUUUUAUACCUGACUUUGGCUAGUUGAAGGGGGAGUGUAGUGAGUAAAUUUUCCAACAAAAUUGCAUUGGGCCUCGAGGUUUUUGGUCAAGCUCCAACCCAACCCAACCCAAAAAACCUCCCCCCUUUUUAACUCUGAAAUUUUCCACUCUCUUAAACCCUCUCUCUGGCACAGAGACAACACUAAAAAAUGGCGACCACGUCUCGCUCACUGUACCGUACACUGCGCCUGCGGUCCUUCUCCACAAGUACGAAGCCGUCGCACCACAACAGCCACCAGCAGAAUCACCAGUACACAGAUCCCAAUUCCUUCAUCGGGUGCUGGCAGGCCCCCAAGGACCCCAAGGAGGCCGAGGCCAAGCUUGCGCAGCUCCGCAGAGACUACGCCAAGCAGGUGAAGGAGGUCCGCAAGGAGUACAUCCAGGAGGUCGAGCUCAUGAGGCUCGAGAAGCUUCGCAAGGACGAGGCUCGUAAAGAAGCCCUUAGGCUCCAAAAUGAGGAGCGUAAGAGACUCAAGGCUGAGGCUGCUAAGGUCCGUGCCCAACAGCGUGAGGUUGCUGAGCAGGAGUUCCGCCAGACCCUGUUAAAAGAAAGAGCAGAGAAACUUGAGAAUUGGAAGAUGAAGGAAAAAAUGAGAGAAGAGAAGAAAAAAGAGAAGAAUGAACUGUUGCGACGUCAGAGUUCCUUGUGGAUCAAUGAACCAGAACUGGAAAAGAAGAUUUUAGAAGCCAUCGUUGAUACUACACCCCUUUGAGUCCAUUUUAUUUCCAAAUUGUCUAGUGGUGGUAUCUUACAGUUUCACUGUAUAGACAAGAUAAUCAGGACUUAGUAUGUUUUGUACCCAAUCUUUAUGUUUUCUAUUUUCUUUUCAUCAUCCACUAAUUUCCCAACCACAUUCCUUUUCCUUCUUCAUAUUUUAAUAAGAUCUGUAUACUUUCUAAUCAGGGCAUAGUAUAUUUUGUACCCAGUGCUGUA